CGGGUUUUGAUCUGGAGGUUAGACAUUUUCUGCAGAACUUAUUUUCUAUUUAUACAACAUACAAACUGUUAGGACAAUACAUUCUCCCUCUGCCAACCAAUGUAGAAAGGGUUGUGAGCAAGUAGAAAAUACUUUAGUGACGAAAAACAAAACAAAAUAUAGGAUUAUUAUGAACCACUCAUCAAAUGAUUUUAAAUCAACCACUGCAUGUGAGUUUGCCCUGGAACUGUAAAACCUGACAAUGUGGAAACAUGGGAGUCGGUUAAUAGGCUUUCCUCAUAUUGAUUCAGUUUUAACAUAAAAGCACGCAUCAGCCUAGGCUAUUUCUCCCAUGGACUGUAGGAGGAUGGCUUCUGCAAGAAACAAAGGGCCCAUGCUCUUGGCUCACAAUGGGUUAAGUUGUGUGAAAAGCCGAGUUGGCGUUGAUGGUAUUCAUACAAACUGAUUAACGAUAUUGAUUAACAAAACACGCGGGAUUGUAAUGUUUAGUACGAAGGAGAACGAAACACCGAGUCAUAAUUGAUUAGUACUGGCGCUGAAAUAAUGUAAUUACCUACAGUAAGGCUUUGUGCACGAAAUAUUUUCUCUGCGCACUUGUUCAAAUCAUUAAGUAUUAACAAGCUAUUUUUAAUGAAAGUUGCCGAAUGCCUUAAUUGCAGAAUAAUGAUUGAUAGAAGAGAAAGCGCCAGCCUGCAAGAAAACAAAUCUGUCUAACUGUAGCUUUGAAGACAGCGAGCUUGCUUUCGACCUGAUCAGGAACUUGGUUUCAAGGGAGAGCGCCCCGCCCUCUUGGUACUUAUAACCAGAAAGCCUGUUUGCAGGACGCUCAAACAUAACAGGAACACUGGAGACCACAUCGCUGUACAUGAACCAUACCUGGAAGAGAACUCUGGCUACAAAGACUUUACGGAUUACGCUGUCUGUUUCGCCUUUUUACGGCAAGCAAACGAGCAGAAGUGGCCAUGGAUUUUCUCAAUCACAACUAUCUGAAUGCGCGCAACCCAUAUGACUAUACUUUUAAUUUCUGGAACGACUAUCUUGGGCUGACGACGUUGGUUACGAAGAAUAACAAGCUCAGCAUGCCCCAAAAUCCCAACUCCAUCACCGAGUCCCUGAAAGCGACUCUGGGCUUGGACGAUUCCCCGGCGUGUCCGUGCAUAAUCGCGGGUGCCGUUGGAGAAAGCGGGCACCUGGAUUGUUGCUGCCCGUCCGGGAGCCCCCCACCAGCUUCCAUCCUGGACUUGAAAGAGCGUUUCUCGAUACUGAGCCCCUUCCAAAAUCAGCUCGGCGUCCAGCUGCCGGAGCGGGAGGUGGGUUUUGGUGGGAACUUCACUGGGUUCGAUCUGUUCGGCAUGGAGAAGAAGAUGCGCAAACCCGCUUCCAGAAGCAAACAGGAGCCGAAAAUCUGCGUCUUCUGCCGAAAUAACGGAGCGCCCGAGGAGGUGUACGGCUCCCACGUCCUGAAGACUCCGGACGGCAGGGUUGUGUGCCCGAUUCUGAGGGCUUAUACCUGCCCCCUUUGCAGUGCCAACGGGGACAAUGCUCAUACGAUAAAAUAUUGUCCACUGUCAAAAGACCAGCCAUCCCAGCGACCAUUAAAGGGUGGGAGGGCUGUGGGUGGUAAGAGGAUGAAAAUAUUUUAAACAAACAAGACUAUAAAGGAAAAUAAAUUGCACUGAACAAUUUCCAGAUGACUGUUUUGAUUUCGGCUCUAGCCUUUAUCCCAGUUUCAUAAACAUAUUGAUUUUAUCUUUUUUGUUUCUCUUAAGAUCUCUUAUAUUUUUAUAGUUCCUUUAUUCACAUAGAAUAAUUUUAUGCUUUAUACAUCGGAUUUAUUUUUCUUUAUAGUCUGUAGUUAUUUUGAGUGUGGGUAUACAUACGCAUAUGUAUCAAUAAUCACAAAGUGUGAAUAAAUACAAAAAAUAAAUAAAAAGUAUUUUGGUCAUGUAGGGAACACACUGACAUUGGCAAAGGGGAUGAAUGUCAUAGCCUUUUUCUACCAAGUAUUUUUGUAUGGUGAGCUAAGCUUGCCUCGAUUUUCUUUCACGUCUUAGAAACCAAAGUUAUGUUUGCCAUUAAAGAAGCUCAAGAAUGUGUCAUUAGUGAAUACUUGUGUGAGUCUGACUGGAGGAGGAACUCUUUGAUCCCAUCUGCCUGCCUAAAAACUCCACAACAUAUUUUCCAACUUUCUGUAAAAGUUGACAUUCAAUCUGCAAGGCAGGAAGAAAAAGAAGAAAAAAGAGACAAUGUGGCCUCUGUUUAGGGCUCAUAUUCUCUGGGGAACGUUCUAAUCAGUUGUUGUAAAGCCAAACCUCUGUUCUAAUCAUGUGAGACGAGACAGUUACCCGAUUUUGCAUUUAAUGAGAAAUAUUAUUCAAUACGUUUUAUGUUUACAUUCCCAAAUAAGGGUGACACACUGGAUUUCUUUUCUCUGUCAGGUCUCUCUUUCUUUAUGGUGUUUUUGUUUUGGUUUGCCCUCACAAUGUAUUCACCAGAGACUCACGUAAGCAUGUCUGCUUUGCAUUAUGAAACUGAGUGAGUCCCAUUUACCUUUCAUUCUGUGUCGGGGUGAAGAAAAUGGCAAAUGAAUGUUCGCAAACAACAUGUUAUCCCAUUAUUUCUUUUCUGAAGAAUCCCAAAAAAGAUGCAAAAAUGUUGUGAAUGUAUGAUUGAAAGUGUCACUUGCAGGACUGCACAUUUCUGACAGUUUUGUUUACCAAAGGAAUACAAUUGAAUUGAAGAAAAAACAAGAGAAAGAUUUGCUGUAUUGUGUAUAAAGUGAUGUUUAUUCAGUAUUUUAACAUUACAAGUGACUUCAGAGGGCGCUACCUCAACAGGAUUUUGUACUUACACGUAAAAAUGUCAACAGCAGUUUAUUGAUAUAGUGCUGCCAUUUAUAAUAAGGGUUUUGAUAGGUAUUUUUGAUCUUUGUAUAACAUAAUUGUAUUUUCAUUUUGUUGCAUUUAACAUAAUGGAAGCAAGUUUCCAAGAAGCUAUAAGCAUUGCUCACCAAAAGGUGAGACUGUCUGUAAAUAGUGAUAUACCCAUACUUUUUAAAGUUUAGUUGUUCAAUGUUGCAUUCUUGAGAGUGUGCAAGAGAGUGGAUAUUGAAAAAAAGCUGACAAAAUUUGCCACUUUUAACAGAGGUUUUUUGGAUUAAAUGAAUAAGAGAAAAAGAAACACUGUUGAACUUUGUUAUUUAUAUUUUACCACAAUUUCCUGUAUGCUGCUGUGCAGAAUAACAACAUAUAAAUACACUAGAGAAAUAAAAGCGUAUGAAAUA